AUGGAAGACUCGAGCGACUUUACCUAUGAUACAUGGGCCUCGGCUUGCUAUUCUGUUGCGGAACUCGCUUCUGGCAUCACUUGCGCGGCUCUAGCCACCUUGAGUCCGUUGGUUACUCGUGUCUUUUCCUCAUGUCUCCCAGAAUCGCGCGCAGCAGCGGCCGCUCGUGCAAGGGAUAGCAAACAUCCGCCCACUAUAGGAUCUGAUCGUUCGAGAAAGAAGACAAAAGCAAGAUUUGGCAAGGACGAAAAAGAAUGGGCAUUGGAUAUCUAUGACCUGGAUCUGGAAAGCCCAGUGCCCAGUCUACCAGGAACACCGAGGCCAGACGUUGGAACGAGGAGACAUGAGCGCGAAUCCGAGUUGAUCUUGUCUUAUGAGCCUCCAGAGCCCUUGGGAACUACUUUUGGUUCCGUGACCCAAGUCAUGAGCUUGGUACCGCAGCGACAGUCUGUCUUUUUGAAUUUGGACACUUCAUUACUCGGUACUGGCCCAACAAAAUCUGGAAUUAUGGUUGAAAGGAGGGUCGAGGUGUUCAUAUCGGACGCACCACCUACAGGUAGCUAG